CCCCAGGCGAGCGCGGCAACGACCGCUGCUCUCCGAAGGCUCCCGCGCCCCCCGGGGCAGCUGGGCGGGGUAAUGCCCUCGGUGAUGGAGAAGCCGAGCGCGGGCUCCGGGAUCCUGUCCCGCAGCCGGGCCAAGACGGCGCCCAACGGCGGACAACCCCACUCGGAGGAUGACAGCAGCGAGGAGGAGCACUCGCACGACAGCAUGAUCCGCGUUGGAACCAAUUACCAGGCCGUAAUUCCGGAGUGCAAGCCUGAGAGCCCCGCACGCUACAGUAACAAGGAGCUGAAGGGGAUGUUGGUGUGGUCGCCCAACCACUGUGUGUCAGAUGCCAAGCUUGACAAGUACAUUGCGAUGGCCAAGGAGAAGCAUGGUUACAACAUCGAGCAGGCACUGGGCAUGCUCCUGUGGCAUAAGCACGACGUAGAGAAGUCGCUGGCUGACCUGGCCAACUUCACCCCGUUCCCGGACGAGUGGACGGUAGAGGACAAGGUGCUGUUUGAACAGGCCUUUGGCUUCCAUGGCAAAUGUUUCCAGCGGAUCCAGCAGAUGCUGCCUGACAAGCUGAUUCCCAGCCUGGUGAAGUAUUACUACUCUUGGAAGAAGACCCGCAGCCGGACCAGCGUGAUGGACAGACAGGCUCGGCGGCUGGGGGGCCGAAAGGACAAAGAAGACAGUGAUGAGCUUGAAGAGGGACGAGGAGCCGUGAGUGAGGGGGAGCCGGACGUUGGAGACCCCAAGAGAGAGCCUCUGCCCUCUCGGCCCCUGAAUGCCCGCCCAGGUCCAGGAAAGAAGGAGGCCCAGGGGUCUCAGUACCGCCACCAUCCGCUGCGAACUCGGCGGCGCCCUCCCAAGGGCAUGUACCUGAGCCCUGAGGGCCUCACUGCCGUGUCAGGGAGCCCGGACCUUGCCAACCUCACACUUCGAGGCCUCGACUCCCAGCUCAUCUCCCUCAAGCGCCAGGUGCAAAGCAUGAAGCAGACCAACAGCAGCCUCCGCCAAGCCCUGGAGGGGGGCAUCGAUCCACUCCGCCCCCCUGAGGCCAACACCAAGUUCAACUCCCGCUGGACCACGGAUGAGCAGCUUUUGGCAGUACAAGCCAUCCGUAGGUAUGGCAAAGACUUUGGGGCUAUUGCAGAGGUGAUUGGGAACAAGACUCUGACCCAGGUGAAGACCUUCUUUGUGAGCUACCGGCGCCGCUUCAAUCUGGAGGAGGUGCUGCAGGAAUGGGAGGCCGAGCAGGAUGGGGCCCCUGGAGCCCCCCCGGUCCCCAUGGAGGAGGCUAGGAGAGGGGCUCCCUUGCCAGCCCCAGCCCUGGAAGAAGACGAUGAGGUCCAGAUUACAUCUGUGUCGACAUCAGGACCCCGAUCGGGGCCCCCUGCGCCGCCCCCUCCUCCACCUCCCACCUCGCUGUCCCAGCCACCGCCACUGCUGAGGCCACCUUUGCCCACGGCUCCCACCCUGCUCCGCCAGCCACCCCCACUCCAGCAGGGCCGCUUCCUCCAGCCCCGGCUGGCCCCCAACCAGCCCCCACCACCUCUCAUCCGCCCUGCCCUGGCUGCCUCCCGCCACGGUGCCCGCCCGGGCCCUCAGCCCGCACCCACCCUGGCUGGAGCCCCCCUGGAGCCUCCAGCACCCUCGCUCUGAGCCCCGAGGCCCUCCGCCAACCGGAGGCUCCAGAACCCCUUUGCCGGACGUCCUCGGGGACCUCCAGCUUCA